CGGUUUGGAGGAAAAAGGAUUAAUAAGAACUGGAAGCAGCAGAUAAAUUGGGUUUUUUUUCUUCGCACGCUUUGGCACAGAACAUACAACGGUGAACACGAUGCUUCUGGAGCGCGGAGACAGCUUUAUGUCGGAGUUUGAGGACGCGUGCAGCGCCUGGGUGGACAGUGUGGGGUCCAGCCCCAGCGACGGAGCCGACUCUGACGUAGGAUCUCCUUUCUGCCAAGUCUUCUCUCCGGGAACAGACGCCUCAGACUCGGAUUUCUUCUCCGACUUCAGCGACUGCUCCUCGGACGCUCUCUCCCCCUCCCUCGGCUACGCGGGCGGCUUCUUCCCUUCCGAGCCAGAGGCAUCGGGGGCGGCCGCGGGGCUGAGCAGCACGGCGGACGCCAUUCUCAACAUGAUCACAGAGAUCGUGGGCAUCUGCACAGAGAUGGAGCAGCAGAGCGACUCCUCUGCAGCCUCUGCGUCCUCUCCCCUGCUCCCUCCUCCUCUCGCUCUCCCCGCGGCGCAGCCCGUCUCCCACCCUGUGGUCGUUAAGAGCGAGUUCGCCGCGAGCUCCAGCUGUGGCAGCGGCAGCGGGUGUGGACACUCUGCGGCGGCCGGGAGCGACGCGGCUGUCAAUGGAAACGCCACGGGGGACGCGCAGCUCCCGCUGGCCGACGUGUCGGACUUCAUAGACUCUCUGCUGGGCUGCGACUCCAACGCCAACGCCAACACCAACGCCAACGCCAACGGCCUGGGCGAGGUGAAGCAGGAGCCGCUGGGGCUCGAGGACUGGCUGAAGAGCUUGGCGGGGGGAGACCCCAGCAGCUACGUCAUUGGCUGGCCGGCAACAGCGGCUGUAAAGACGGAGUUAGCGCAGAGCGGGAGCAACCUCCACUUCUCCCCCUUGCCACUCUCUUUCCCCUCCACCCUGGACGCCCAUCUCCUGUCCACGCUCCUCCAGGGCGCGUUCCCGAUCAACCUCGCGCCCGGAGGAGCCCCCAAAGCGUUGCGGGGCGCCAACGGCGGAGGCCGGAGAGCCCCUACCACCGCCACCACCACCGCCACCGCCACCGCCAAAAGCAGCGGGCUGAAAGCGAAGCCCUUCCCGUGCUCGGUGCAGGGCUGCGAGCGCCGCUUCUCGCGCUCCGACGAGCUCAACAGGCACGUGCGCAUCCACACGGGCCAGAAGCCGUUCCAGUGCGCGGUGUGCGCGCGCAGCUUCAGCCGCAGCGACCACCUGACCACACACACACGCACGCACACCGGUGAGAAGCCCUUCUCCUGCGACGUGUGCGGGAAGCGCUUUGCGCGCAGCGACGAGAGGAAGAGGCACGGCCGCGUGCACGUGAAGCAGCAGCUGCGUGCGCAGAUGAUGGCCGCCUACUCCCUGGCUCUGAACACGCCCGCAGGCGUGUAAAAUAAAAACGCCUUUUUGGGCUGCGGAGUUCAUUGAAGAAAAAGCUUCUGGGUUUAAAGCAUCAGACGAGAGACGCUUCCACGUGACGUCACGCUGAAGGCUGUUUGAACAACCGGUUGUUUGAGAAAGGGGCUCAGAGGACUUUACCGUGCGGAUUCUGGCUUUUCUCACGGCGCAUGCGUGAGAGUACGCGUCCACUGCCGGAGGAUGAAGACGAUUCUGAGAGGGAAGUGAAUCUAAAGACUCCAGGACUAUGUUCAGGUCGGAUCCGUCCCGCUACUCUGGACUUUAAAAGGCUGCUUAUUACAAAGGAAAUGUUGGUAUUUUUCAACCUGGACUCUAUUUUUCCCAUGUUUUGCUGUUUUUUUUGUCAAAGUGCCAAACGUACCAGACUCCAUUUAAAAAAAACGUAAUUUUAUCAUCGUAAAACACACUUUAUUCAAAGUGGACAGAAACAAAAUAAGACUAUCAAAAGCUGUCUUUGUUCGUCUUUCCACUGUUUUCAACAAUCACCACUCUGGUUUGGUUGAAAUAAACCCUUAAUUCACCCAUUUACAUGUGGGAACAUGCUGGCUCUAUACACGCUAAAAGUAGUGAUUAUUUGCAUGGAGUCUGGUGGAGUUUGGUGAAAACAUGGAAAAUAGGGGUCCAGGUUGUUAAAAACUGAAGUGAAAGACUGUUUAUUAAGACGCUGAAAUGAAAAUUGUGGGUGAACUUUUAAAGGAGCAGUCAGUCUAACUGAAAGGAAAGUGUUUCUUGUAAAAUAUUUUCUGCAUGAGGACGUAAAGAAAGUGAAAACGUCAGAACGUCGUGUGAUUCUAGUCUAAAUAUUUUUAUGUCAAACCUCUUUAUAUAUAUAUAUAUACAUAUAUAUAUAUUUAUAUAUAUAUUUG